CCAUUUCCCUACUCUCUUCUCUUCUCCCUGUCUCCUCAACGCGGUUCUCGAACGAACGAAACCCACCCGCUGCCGCAAUUCGUAUCUCGCUUCCAGGCGAGCCCGCCGCCGCGGCAGCAGCGUGCCCCGCCUAUGGUUCCCGGCGAGGGGGAACGGGAGGAGUGGGAGGCGGCGGUGCGGGCGGAGGUGGGCGCGGCCGGCUGGUGGGACGACCCCGACAGUGCCGACCUCCGCGCCAGGUUCAAGGCCUUCACGGGGCAGCGCCGCGACUGGCCCCACCCCACGCUCCUCUUCUGGAAGGACCUCCUGCUUCGCGUCGCGCGCCGGCUCCGCCGCUGCUCCGCCCCCGCCCACCUCGUGACGAAUGCUUGGUUCGCGCGUCCCGGGGCGCUCACACCGCUCUGCUUAUUAGUGCCGGUCACAGGACGUGUUAGUGCCGGUUCCUGUGGCCAGCACUAAAUGGCCGGCACUAACGUGACAGACGUUAGUGCCGGCUACUCUGACCGGCACUAAUGUGCGUAUGUUAGUGCCGGUCCGUAAUACUAGCCGGCACUAACGUGCCCGAACCCACCUGAGUCCUGACAGCAAGUUAGUGCCGGCUGGUAUAACUAGCCGGCACUAAAUGUUUUUUCUUCUUUAUGUUUCUUUUCUUUUCGUUUUUAUACGUAUGGCUAUGCGUAUUUCUACCGUAUGUGACUACAUAGUCGUACUAUUUGCAUUGCACAGUAUUAUUAG